AUGUCUCUUUAUGUUCAAAUUACCUAUGGCUUGAUUCAGAAUGAUGCCCUAGCCUAUAGGACAUAUCAUGAGUUUGAAGGGCCAUACUGUGACUACUUAAGGCAGCAUUAUGCUAAGCCUGUGCUACUAACAGGACUUGUCCUGCUUGAAGCACCGGCCACAAAGCUAGAUGAGAAAUGGACUAAUUGGUUAUGCAAUUUCAAGCAAGAUGGUUGUGCAACAAUUGAAGAAGCUUUUCCAGAGGGGUUUGAAGAGAGAGUUAAAGGGAGAGGAUGGGUGUAUGGGGGAUGGGUGCCACAAACAUUGAUAUUGGAGCACCCAUCUAUUGGUUGUUCUGUGACCCAUUGUGGAUAUGGGUCCAUGUGGGAGUCUCUCUUUAGUGAUUGCCAAAUAGUAUGCGUUUCAUACCUUGGUGAUCAAAUUGUGGGUGCCAGGUUAAUGGUGGAAGAACUCAAAGUUGCAGUGGAGGUGGAGAGAGAAGAUAAUGGGCGGAUUUCCAAGGAAAGCCUAAGUAAGGCCAUUAUCUCUGUGAUGGACGAGGACAGUGAAAUAGCUGGGCUGGUGAAAUAUAAUCAUGCCAAGUUGAAGGAGGAACUUACUAGUGAAGGCAUGCAAGAGAGAUAUUUAGACACUUUCAUUCAAAACCUGCAAGGUCUUAAGGAUUGA